UUUCUUUCAGAUAUGCUGUCUAGGUAUGACACCAAGGAGUUACCUCUUAAGAAUGGCACUUUUGAAAAAGAAUCGUUAAAAUGGAAAAUAAUAGAAAGAGUCAGAAGUUCUUGCCUCAAGGAAUCUUGUUUUGGAAAUGAUUGGAAAUGCAAAGGACUCUUUAAGAGACAACAGGAAACUAAAGAGGAAUAUUUCAGGCAUGUAACUGUGCCAUUUGAAAAAAUAUUAUAUGAAUUCAUCCAGCCUACAUCUUUUCUUCUAAAUCAAAUAAUUCAUACUGGAAAGAAACUCUAUGAACAUAAAAAAUGUGAAAAUCUUACUCAACAGGGAAGAAUUUGUAUCACUGACAAGCUUGAUGAAAUGUGUGGCAAUGCCUCUGUAUUUUACACAAAUCAUAUGAAACAUCAAAUUUUACUGCAAAGAAAUGCAAUGUAUUUAAAGAAUGUGGCAAAGACUGCUUGUAACUUUCAACUAACUCAAUAUCAAAUAAGUCAUGCUAAUCAGAAACCCUAUGAAUGUCAGAUAUGUGGAAAGCCCAUAAGAAAGCAUGCCCACCUUACCCAACAUAAUCAAAUUCACACUGGUGAGAAACCAUAUGAAUGCAAAGAAUGUGGGAAAGCGUUAUGUUGUUCAACAUUGAUUCAACAUAAGAGAACUCAUACUAAUGGGAAACCCUAUGAAUGUCUGGAAUGUAGAAAGAUGUUUAGGUGGAGUGCACAUCUUAUUCGACAUCAAAGAAUUCAUACUGGUGAGAGACCUUAUACACGUAAGCAAUGUUGGAAGGCCUUUGCUUCUGUUUCUGAUUUAAUAGACAUCAGAAAAUUCACACUGGUGAGAGACUUUACGAAUGUAAAGAAUGUGGGAAGGCAUUUAACAAUUGCUCAACUUCUAUUCAGCAUCAGAGAAUUCACACUGGUGAGAAGCCCUUUGAAUGUAAGGACUGUGGCAAAGCAUUCAAUAAUUGCUCAACACUUACUCAACGUCAGAGAACUCAUACUAAUGAGAAAUCUUAUGAAUGUCAGGAAUGUAAAAAGGCUUUUAGGCAAAGCGCACAUCUUACUCAACAUCAAAGAACUCAUACUGGUGAGAAACCAUAUGAGUGUGAGGAACGUGGGAAGGCUUUCACUUGUGCUUCUGACUUUAACAGACAUCAGAGAAUUCACACUGUUGAAAAACCCUAUGAAUGUAAAGAAUGUGGUAAAGCCUUUAAUAAUUGCUCAGCUCUUAUUCAACACCAGAGAAUUCACACUGGUGAGAAGCCUUAUGAAUGUAAGCAGUGUGGGAAAGCUUUUAUAUCCUGUUCAACACUUGUUCAACAUCAGAGAACACAUACUAAUGAAAAACCUUAUAAAUGUCAGGAAUGCAAGGCCUUCAAGCAGAGUGCACAUCUAAUGAGACACCAGAGAAUUCACAGUGGGGAGAAACCCUAUGAAUGUAAUGAAUGUGGGAAUGCCUUCAUUUGUUUUUCUGAUUUUAAUAGACAUCAGAGAAUUCACAAAGGAGAGAAACCCUAUCAGUGUAAAGAAUGUAGGAAGGUUUUCAAUAAUUAUCUAACUCUUACUUAACAUCAAAGAAUUCAUACCAGUGUGAAGCCCUAUGAAUGUAAGGAAUGUUGAAAGACCUUUACUUGGCUUUCAAACUUGAAUAAACAUCAGAGAAUUCACACUGGUGACAAACCCUUUGAAUGUAAA